AUGCCCACGACGAUGAAUUCACAGAUCAGUAAUCUGGACUACAACACUGCCGUGGAGAAAGGCAAGAAGAUGCUCAAAAUAAUGUAUGGCGGAUCUGCUGUGACGCAAAGCCCAUACUUCACGCCCGGGGAAGUAGAAGCAAUGGGAUACAAGAGAACAACAAGGCUUCGAUCUGUCUCUGACCUGUCAAGAAUGCUAGACAGUCUCGGUAUUCAAGGCUUCAACUCUCGCUUCAUCAACGUUACGGACGAGUACACAAAAGACGUUACCACCGGUGAAACACUUUCAGGCGCAAGCGUCGUGCGAUUCACGUCCGAUAUCAACGUUGAAGCAGGAGUCCUCGUAGCAACUUACACCUACAGCCCGACAUACAAGGCGAAGACGUCGAACUCGCCGGCGACCGCUCUGUUGCCCUCGUUGAAGCACUGGUCCGAUAUAGCCUUCCACCAAUGGGCCUCUCAAUGCGCCAAGGAAGAAGUACGUACCAGUAAUCUCAGAUUCAUCAUCAGAGCAAACAUCUCGAACGAAGAUACUUUGGCUGUCAUUAACAAUGUUCUCGACGCCCGACCUCGCCAGUUACAAGCUUGUACGCCGUCGGGGCUAUAUCUGGACAUGGAAAGUGACCAUGCCAUAGCUCUGCUGGGUACAGCACAUGGUGCAGGUGUAGCUUGGUUACUUGCUCAGCAUCGAGACCAACUUGGCCAUAAGAAAAUUGAUGGGAUAAGGAUAUUCUACAGCGACGAGCCGCUAGAACGCAAUAGAGCCCUCAACUUGCUCUUCUACCUUCGUGACGCGAAUGCGAGUGAGAAAUCUAUUGAGAAGUUGUGA